UUUCUGCCCCUUUCUAAAAAUAGAAGGCAGGAAAUGCCCAAUCAUGAAUGAUUAAUGUGAUACAGCACUUUAAAGGAUCCUUAGUAGGCUAAAGAUUGGACAUAAAUUUAUCGGAAAAUUCGACGAAAGCGAAAAAUACUUGACAAAAAAGCAACAACAAAACAACAAAACGUGUGUUUUCGGUACCAACAUGCAGGUGGUAAUAGUACAGCUUUUCCCUCUUUUGCUGCGUUAAAGUCACCACAAGGUGGCAGUCUAAUCAACUGUUUCACUGCAACCCCGUAGUAAAAAGCUCUGCACAUGCUGCUUAAUGCAGUUCAGACUUGAGAAUUAGCAAAGAUUAAUACGUUUGAAUUUGCCCUUUUUCCUGAGAAAUGAUUUUGCUUGCAGAUUUGGCAUUUUUUCAAGAAUAAUAAAACAAAUUGUUUCGAUCUGUUGACACAGUUUUAGAAGAGAACAUUUGGAUCCCGCAGCUUUAAAAUGGGUCAUCACGUUAAACUUUUAUGUUUCUAUAUAAAGUGUACCAGCCAACAUAAAAGUGGAGCUGUUAAUGGGGCUAAUGUUGAUGAAUUGUAAAUGUUAGUGGGCAAAUAAACAGAGAAACAGAAGGAAUCGGUAUAUCUAAACACAAUUAAACCCCGUGAAAACAAUGAUACAAACAGGCUGCAGAUUUUAUUGCUGUUACUAUUAUUGCAAGAACACAGAUUAUUAUUAAUAUUUUGCUUUUGGGAUCACCGAUCAGCUCCUUCUGAAUACAGUGAAGUCCUCCAAUAUGAGUUCUGAAGUCUGUCGGAUUUACAAGGCAGAAAGCUGAAGGUGAGAAAACAGAGCUGCCAAGUCUUAAACACUCUGUGCUCUCCAUUAAUCACAGACUGACCAUAAAAUGUGAAAAAAAAGAGAAAAAAGACUUUGAGCACAAGAACAAAAAAUGAUUAAACAAAUUAUCUGGAUUCUGAGGAGUGAAACAGCUCCAAGGAUUACAGACUGUCAUCGGAGCUGACACAUUAAAACAUCCUAGAUAACUUUCCCAUCGGAUAAAAUCCAAACAUGUUCCCACGAUUCAGUUGACCAAUCAGAAAUGUUUCAAACAGUAAUGAAAUAAAAUAAAAACAACUAAAUCUGCAUUAUUUUUAUUUUAAUAGUCUGUUGAUGGAUGUCGACUGUAAUAACAAAACUGGAGGUGGUCGAAUAAAUUUAAACUGAGACAACAGUUCUUUUCCCAACGAAAAUCAGCCAUGAUGCUCUGAAGAACGUUUCAACUAAAUCUGUUUCACUUUAAUAAGUCGUAAAACGUCAAUAGUAGCCCGUGUUUAAGGAACCUGUUGAAUUAAUCGCCUUUUCUUAGUAGAUAUGAGUUGAUAGAUUUCCUCAUUUUUCCUAUUAUAUCUAUAUUUUGUUUAAAUAUACUCUUAUCCGUGACGUAUAAUAAUAAUAACAAUACUCAAUGUAAUCAAAUAGGACAACAAGGAUCCAUUCUUGACUAAACGGUUUGAUAUCCACAUAAAACAGACAGAUUUUUUUUAAAUAUACAUUUUCUUGCCUAUUAUAUCCAACUUGUAAUGAUUGAUCGAUAAAUUCAGCGUCAUAUUUAUGCUUUUCUUUUCAACGAACUAAUCAGAUAAGACCGUCGGUGUUAAUUAUAUUUUCCCUUCGGAAUAUGUUUUAUACAAAUACGGAGAUUUUUAUUCAGUCAAAAUACGCUGCUGGAAGAAAUUCUUGCCUCAACAUAUGGACCGAAAGUUACACAUCCAGAGCAGCUCUUAUCCUGAUGUAGGUUAUUUUUAUCUUCCUGUUUAAUGCAGGGGAGAGUGUGCAGAAAGGGGCUGCGCUGUUUAUGGUUUAAAUCUUAAGCCUGUCCAAUCAACUGCAACAAAAAAACUUUUAAAAACGCUCUCCCAUUGCAGUCGAUCAUUUAAAGAAGCUCAGGCCUUAUAAAGUCGGCGCAACAUUCACGGCAAAUUCAUCUAAAGACAAGAAAAGCAAGGCAAUUUCCUUUGAAAAUAUUAUAUUUCUCAUAUUGAUGUUUUUCCAGGCUUGAGUUUCUUUUUACGUUUCUCAGAAAUGAACAUCCUCAGAGGUGACCGGAUGUCCCACAACGCAGUUUAACACUAAAGAGCCAGUUGAAGAACUCGUAUAAAUAUCUACAAGUUAAAGAGAAAACCUUCCUACUGAAAACAAAAACGUUGUCCUGAUUGAAACCACAUGUCAACUAUGAUGUCUAGCUGUUCCAAAAUGACAACACGAAGAAACACGAACCAGGAAACUUUUCUAAUGUGUAUGUGUGUGUGUUCCAGGCCCAAGAAGAUGCUGCUAAAGCUUCAGAAUCUGUGCGUAACAGCUCCAUGUUGAUGCCAAAAUAGUGUUUCCAAAGUUGCGCAUGAGACUUUUCAGCCUUUCAGAUGAACAACUACUAGAAUAACUUGUCUUAAAAGAAAAGACAGUGACUGACAGUGGAGGGAAUUGUUUAGUCUGCCUCAGAGAUUCCAGUGAGGAAACUUUUAUUGCUGAAUUAAGUCUUCACUGGGUGUGUAUCCUCCACAAAAGCACAGUCUGUUCGCAUGGGAACUUUCGUGCCCAAAGCCUGAAAAGUUAACACCUCGGAAAAUGUAGUGUUUACUGUAUUCGUGAGUAGGUGUUGUAGACGGGGAUUAAAACACACAUUAAAAUUGUGAUUUUCCUCGGCACAUUUUCUUCUCAUUUAGCUUGCUGCUCAUCUGUGAGACAGCAGUGACCUUAAACGACCAGUUCUCGACGCACUGACCGCCCGAGGAGUCUGGAGAAAUCACGACCGACUUCGCUUUGUUUGGUUCUGUGUUGUGUUUUUUAGUCACUAGUGCCCCAAAAACAUCUGGACUGAAAAGUCGUAUAAAGAGUUUAUAGGUGAGUUCCACAUGUAGGAACUUACAGUCCAAAUUGGUUGUGAAUGUCUCUGGAAAAAGGGGCCAAAUUGUUCAUGUUGCCAUCUCCAGAAGUCAUUUGAAAAAUAUGCGAUCAAUCAGUUGUUUGUUGCAACAACUUGAACCUCUAAAAUGAAGCGGGAAUGUGCUGUUAACAGCAUUGUUCUUCGGAUGGAACAGAGCUUGUGUUUUUUGAUGUUCAGCCUGGGGAUUCUUGGGCCGAAAAUCAGCAGUUUUCUGCUGGAACGUUUAAUUUACGAUGCGCAAACGGCGAUGUACUGCAGAACAUAGGCGAUUAUUCAGUCUGUGGUCUGAAGAGGUCAUUUCUUAGUGCGAUUUUCGUAAUAUAUAAUUACAUAUAUAUGAAUAUGUGAGUUAGUUUAAUAACAGGUAGGCCUUUUGUGAGUUAAUUUGAAUUUAAGCGAGUUUAACCUGAAAUCCGAGCGAAUAGUUUUACGCAGUCUUUCUUUGCACAAUUAUUAUGAUCUAGAUAUCUUAUUUUUCAUAUCAGAGCAUCCCUUACAUUUUCUUCGUCGCCAUGCUUUUUUAAUCUGAUCGAUAAUCUUUCCAUAAAAUGCAGAUCUUUAUCUUAAUGAAAGGAAUAACGAACGUUGUUUACUUAUUUUUAAAUGGUAGAAACCAUUUCUGUCCUCAUCAAAAUAAACACCUCACAGCAAGUAAAUGUGUGCACCUACUUGUUGAUCCUUCUCGCUUCAUUUUUGGAUGAAUUUUAUUUUUUUUUCUACAAAAUAAUAUUUCCAUUGUUCUACUUCAAACAUGAUUUAAUAAAACUAUUCACGCCAUUUUUUUAUGAUCAGAAAACAUUAUAUUAAAUAUUUAGCAAACGACGCGUCCUCGCCUCUCCAGCAUAAAUUGUGAACUUUAUGAGCUGGGAAAACUACUUUGGAGCAGUCUGUGCUCAUACCUCAGAGAACCUUAGAGGGGCGGUGCUGCCUCCUCUCCUCCUCCCAGCUUCUGGCUCUCACAGCCGGGAAGGCUGGGUCGGGGCGUGCGCUCUUGCGUGCAGCUCCCAAAAAAUACUCAGAGGGGCGGGGGGCAGAGGGGGUGAGACAGCUAGACAGGAAGACAGAUCCAGAUCGAUGAGACCGAGGUAGAGAACCGCCAUCGAAGUUCGCGGCCGCAGAGUUAGUUCAGUUGUUUUCUUCUUUCCACCUUUAAGCGUCAUUACGCGCACCGAUUCCACUGCUCUCCAAAAAACCAAGAAGAUGCCCAAAUCCUCACCGUGCGUAUUCCCGUGGUCCUCCCUGUGGCUGGCAUCUUUGAUUACUUUGGUGGUGCAGUCGGUGCUCUCUUCCUCCUACUCGUCUUCUUCCUCUUCCUCUGCGUACCAGAGACCUGCAGCCGGUGAUAAGCGGCCGGGCUUCAUGGAGAGGACGUUGGUCCUCCUGGAUGUCAACACCCGCAGUCCGAUCAGAGUCCUCAACGACAACUUUCUGUCUUUGCAGCUGGAUCCAUCGAUCAUCAAAGACGGCUGGCUGGACUUCCUCAGCUCCAAGCGCCUGGUGACCCUGGCGCGCGGCCUGUCGCCUGCGUUCCUGCGCUUCGGCGGAAAAAGAACCGACUUCCUGCAGUUCAACAACCAGAAGAACCUCGCCAAGUUCAGGGGACCAGGACCCGACUACUACCUGAAGAACUACGAGGACGAUAUAGUGCGCAGUGACAUUGCAUUGGACAAACAGAAUGGCUGCAAACUGGCCAACCACCCGGACAUAAUGCUGGAGCUGCAGAGGGAGAAGGCUGCCACCACACAGCUCGUCCUGCUGAAGGAGCAGCUGUCCAACAUCUACAGCAACAUUACAAUAACAGCCAGGUCUUUAGACAAACUGUACAACUUUGCCGACUGUGCUGGUCUGCACCUGAUCCUGGGGCUCAACGCACUGCACAGAAACCCAGACAACUCGUGGAACACCUCCUCCACCCUGAGCCUCCUCAAGUACGGCGCCGGCAAGAAGUACAACAUCUCCUGGGAGCUGGGCAACGAGCCCAAUGCCUACCGCAGCAUGGUGGGUCGGGCGGUCAACAGCACCCAGUUGGCUCAGGACUACACCAAACUGCGGACUCUGCUGCAGUCUGUGCGCUACUACCACCGAGCUCACCUCUUCGGCCCCAAUGCAGGACGACCCCGGAAGAACGCCAUCCUGCUGCUGGACGGGUUCAUGAAGAACGCUGGCUCUGUUGUAGAUGCAGUUACGUGGCAACAUUAUUACAUGGAUGGCAGAGUGAACAAAGCGGAGGACUUCCUGAAAACUCGCCUCUUGGACACACUGACAGAGCAGAUCACCAAAGUCACCAAGGUCGUGAAGACUCACACUCCUGGUAAGAAGGUGUGGCUCGGUGGACUGGGGCCAGCGUGGGCCGGAGGUAUCAGUAACCUCUCUGACACAUACGCAGCGGGCUUUCUGUGGGUGAACACGCUGGGGAUGGCUGCCGUGCAGGGGAUUGAUGUUGUCUUACGCCACUCAUUCUUUGACUACGGAUACACGCAUCUAGUGGACCAGCAUUUCAACCCGCUACCUGAUUACUGGUUCUCUCUGGUCUUCAAGCGUCUGGUUGGUCCGAGGGUUUUGGGUGUGCGGGUGGCUGGACUGCAGAGGAAACCGCAACCAGGACGAGUCAUCCGAGACAAGCUACGCAUCUACGCCCACUGUACCAGCUACUACAACCAUAACUAUGUGAGAGGGUCCAUAACGAUCUAUAUCAUCAACCUGCAUCGAUCGAGAAAGAAAAUCAAGUUGGCGGGAACGUUACGGAACAAGACCGUCCAUCAGUACCUGCUGCAACCCUACGGCACUGAUGGACUCAAAGCCAAACAUAUCCAGCUGAACGGGGAGAAGCUGCUCAUGGUGGACAAUGAGACUUUCCCGGAGCUUAAGCCUAAGACGCUGAGGGCUGGAAGGACAAUAGCGAUGCCGCCCAUGACCAUAGGCUUUUACGUCAUCAAAAACAUUAACGCAUACGCCUGUCGAAGAUAGCAUUGACCCGUCAGUCCCAGGAUAUAUGGGUAUGAUCUACUAAACCACCAAUCAUCUGCCAGUUUGACUUUAAAGCAACCAGAGCACCACUUUCUGAAGAUUUUAGUGUCUUGCUCAAGGACUCUUUAGUGGAGUGGACACUUGACUGCAGCAAAGUUCGCUGGUUAAACAAAAGCUUUUUCAACUUUUAUUUCAGUGGUAGUAUUUAAACCACUCUGCCAAAUAACAAACAAACCCGGUUCUUCACUUGUCCUCCUCUCUGUUCCAACAAACACUUGCCCAAGACAUAAAUGAAGGGCUGCACUGAACACUUUCUAUUUCUUUACACCAGCAAGUAAUCGAAAGCUACAAGGGAAGACUACAAGGCUUGGACGGAAUGUUUUGCGCCUUCAUGGAGGAAGUUUUGUAGUUACAGAAAGACAAUAUCAAAAAACAUCUUUGACCCGAUGAAGCUAUAUCUUCCUUUCUUCAAUUGUCAGACCAAGUUUUUAUUUUUUGUCUGAUCUUUUACUGACCUACAGACAAAGAAUGCACAAGUCAGCUUCACUUUGACUUGAUCUUUUCCACAAAGAGAAAAACGCUGCGGUGUGUCCAAGCUUGGACUAACCACGUGCUGCGUAUGUGUGUUUGUGUGUGCACGUGUUUUACUGAUAAAGCUACUGAUGUGUCUGCUGGACGUGCCACUAAAUGUCCUCUCUCGCCAUUUCAAGUGGCUUACAUUGAAAAUAAGUUUCUUUGAAGGGCUGUUUUUUGUGUGUUUACGUGCAUCUGUGUGCUCUUUUGUCGCACUCGUCGUCUUAACUGCAGAGUACGAUGAGCCACGAUGUGGCUCCAGUGCUGUUUUUGCAGUGAUACAAAGCUAAGGAACAAUGUGAACCCGUCCAUCACGAAAAAUCUGGAUUUUCCUACAGAUUCAACAAUUCUAAAAAAAAAAUCCCCAUGUGCAUUAUUACAUAUCUUACUGUCUCUUUCAUGUGACCCUACAUUUUAUAAUCCUUUAAUGCUGCUAGGUUCCUUUUGUACUAAAUAUACAUGAUAUAUUUUGCAUUAUUUUGUACAGAUUUACUGUCAUUUAUUUUUAGAUUAUGUACUGUACAUAAAAAAGGAAAUUGAUUUAAGUUUGAUAUUUUUACUUACAAACAGUAUAUACUUAAUUUAUAUGACGAAAUACUUUGUUUUUAUAUUUCUAUUUUAAAAGCUAUGUUAGUGGUACUAAUGUUCCAAAUCUGAGGCAAAAUCCCAAAUAAUUGUAAGAAUGCCUUAACUAAAAAAGGGACGGCCAAAUAGCUGCAAAGGUGCAGUGGUGGCAUUGAAAGGCAUAUGGCACACAUAAUUUUUUUGCAAGAAAAAGGAUUUCACAUCUGCAUUUACUUUAGUUUUAUUUCAUAAUAUCUUAACCCUGUUUUUUAAAGACGGGCUAUUUACUAGACGAAAACCACACGGUGAGUCAAAAUCUUGCCUGGAGAGAUUCGGUUUUGUUACUUAUUUUGUGCUCUGAGCUGACAGGAGUAAGAGCAAACAGGUUGGGGCUCUUACAUGGUGGAAGAACAAGAGCAGGUUCGUUGUCUCAAUAUGUUAAAUGUAAAGAAUAUUUGUCUUCUGAAUGUGUUUAUAGUUAAUGUAGAGAUGUCCAUAUUUGUUUUGGAGAGCAUUAUUUUAAUAUGUAAAGUCUGCCUAUAUUAUUUUUUUUGCUAAAAAGAAGUUUACGUUGAUAAUAAACAUGUAA